AUGACGUCCGCAGACGAGAUCAAAUCCACCGCCUACACCCUGCGCUUCAAGCACGGCAAACAAACCAUCCUCCUCUUUGUCGAGCCCCUCACGACCUUCCCCACCAUCCUCGAAGAGCUUCUCGCAACCCUCCAUGAGCGAUAUCCCGAAGGUCUCCCAUCCAGCACGUCCCCAACACCCCUCACAAUCCCCAAAUCUGGAAUCGAUGUUGUACUCGGCGUGCCCAAGGAUAAGUAUGAUAUGGAGAAGGGAUGGGAUGAGUUAGCGUUUAGUGCUGCGGGAUUGAAGGAGUCGCCGAGAAGUUUGGGCAUCAAGGAUGGUGCAAUGUUGGCGUUUGCAUUUGCGGAUGAGGAGUGCUGGGCGGAGAGAGGGCAGUUCGAUGUGGAGUUUAGUAAUGUUGACGAGCUUUACCCAGAUGAGGAAUGA